AAAUUUCCCUCUUUUUUUUUUUUGGUUUCCCUCUUUCUCCGGCAAAAAAAAAACACGCCGCCGCCAUGAACUGAACUAAGAGCAUCUCUCCCCCUCGCCUCUCUUCUCAAACUCAAACCCUAAUUCGAAUCUCUCUCACUAACCCUAAAUCUUUGAAGCUCCAUUGAAUGCUCUAAGAAGCAUGAAUCAAGUGAAAGCUAUAGUGUUAUCAUUCAAUAGAUCUCGGGCAACGUCGUAGCAUCAAGAAAAGAAGAAAAAGAUAGAGGAUUGUGACGAAUCGUGGUGAAGCCUACCUACGGAACGGAGGCUUGGUCCGGAAUUUGUUGAAUCAUGAAGAUGAAGCUGAACCGAAGAGAAGCCCAGAGAUGAGGUAAUAACGUCAAAACAGGGAAUUCAUAUCAGAGUUGCUGUGUUGUUGUGAAGAACAUGCAGAGGUGUGUCUAUGCUAUUCCAACUACUCUUUUGCGCUCCUCUGAGAUGAUACAGCUUGAGAAUUAUGUUCAAGAGUCUAAAGUUACUCCUGCAGAUUUCCGUAAAAAGCUGCAAGACGCAGUAUGUGAUACAAAAAAAGAGAUAGCAAAACACCUUGUGGAUCUAGGCGUUUCUACCUUUAGCAUGGCACCUGUUAAGAGGAAUUAUGCAUUUGAACGAUUUGACAUACCUGCAGGUGAAAAUUACAUGGUGAAAAUAAACUAUUCGUUCAAGGAUACAACACUUCCAGUAGACCUCAAAGGAGAAAGUUUUCGUUCUAUUCUUCUUAAACUCGUACACCAAGAGCCUUUCAUCUUUCUCGUCCCACAAACUGACUACUCUGGCAGAGAGGAGGCGAAAACAUGGUUUCCCUGCAGAGGACCCUUCGACAGCCAAACCUUCAACAACUGUCGUAGAGGAGAAAAAGAGUUUUCUGCCAAUUAGUCCUGCCACAAAAACUGAACAAAUGAGAGAAUGCUUGCGUUCUCUCAAGCAGAACCACAAGGAGGAUGACGCUAGAGUGAAAAAAGCUUUCCAAACUCUUCUAACAUAUGUGGGGAAUGUUGCCAGAAAUCCCGAUGAUGAAAAAUUCAGGAAGAUUCGCCUUAGUAACGCAGCUUUUCAAGUAAGAAAACCCGUAAAGAUGGUGUGUUGUACUUCAGUAUUUUCAGGGGAUUCAGUGUAGCUACUAGUACAUGGGGAAGAUAAAAGAGCUUUACCCUACCAAAAAAAGAAAAGGAAAAAAAUUGAUUAAAUCAAUACUCUUGAAAUUCGGAUGGGGAUUAUAACAGAGUUUGGGACACUUGAGUCAUCAAAUUAUUGUUGGGCAUAGGUAGAGAUUUGUAUUCACCACAGAUGGACCCUAAAGUUAAACCACCAGGUUUAUUAGUUUCAGGAGUUUUUAGUUGAUAUAGUUUACAUAGUUGACAUGGGUUGUUUGUUAGUUACUGAAACAAAGGUGAUUCAACAAAGGUGAUUUUGUUUGUGUUAUAUAUUGGUCAGAUAGAGUUGCACCACGAGGCAAAAUGAACCAGCAAAGGACCAGGCAUUUUCAAGCUGCUAAAGAUGACCAAAUGCUUGUAACUAUUCAGUGUUCUUGACAAUUUCAGUUUUCUUGAAAUUGAAUAUUCACUUCUGAUAUGCAUGUAAUGUAUAUAGAUAAGACACUAA